AUGUCCGAGCCAGUGUUCAAUGCCUCCAUGGCGCAGGGCGGCAAUCCAAAGGAGAUCGACGUGAACGCUCAAUAUUCAGGAUUCGAGUACAACUACGUCUAUAUCCUCGCAUGCACCUUCAUAGUCUUCCUCAUCCUUCCCGGCAUCUCGCUGCUCUACGCCGGCCUCGCUCGCAGAAAGUCGGCACUAGCAUUCCUCUUCCAGGCAUUUAUGAUCCUUGCGAUAACCACAUUUCAGUGGUUAUUCUGGGGAUAUUCUCUGACAUACUCUCGCGAUGGAGGCCCCUUCAUCGGCACGUUGCAGAAUUUCGGACUGAGGAACGUCAUGGUGGCACCCUCUCCUGGGUCAGCGGUGCUCCCGGAAAUUGUGUUCUGCUUGUUCCAACUUCUUUUUUGUGCCUGCACGGUGAUGAUCGUCGCAGGCGGUGCCUUUGAGCGAGGACGCAUCCUCCCAUCAUUGAUCUUCGGCUUCUGCUGGGCGACCAUUGUUUACUGUCCCUUGGCCCGGUGGACAUGGAGCGAGCACGGAUGGCUAUACAACCUUCCCGCGAUCGACUUCGCCGGUGGUGGUCCCGUCCACAUCGCGUCGGGCUGUUCCGCGUUGGCAUACGCCAUCGUGCUCGGAAAGCGGAAACAUUAUGGCGAUCCGUCGCUGCGGAAGCCGCACAACACCACGCUGGUAUUUCUGGGCACCGUACUGCUAUGGACAGGAUGGCUUGGCUUUAAUGGAGGGUCGAGCCUUAACGCUAGUAUGCGUGCGAUGAUGGCUGUCUUCAACACUAACACCGCCGCGUGCAUGGGUAUCCUAGGGUGGGUCCUAGUCGACAUGGUUAAGCACAAGGGAAAGUUUUCCGUCAUGGGAGCUUGUGAGGGCGCGAUUGCCGGGCUGGUUGGAAUCACUCCAGCUGCGGGCUGCGUGUCCAUCUGGCUGGCGGCCUGCAUUGGAUUCGUCACCGGCAUCGUGUGCUCCCUGCUGCAAGACAUCAACGACUGGAUGGGCAUCGACGAGGGGAUGGACGUCUUCAAACUGCACGGAAUUGGCGGUAUGGUGGGAGCCUUUCUCACGGGGAUUUUUGCAAGCGAUUCGAUCUCGUCGCUCGACGGCUCUUCUCUGGCGAGCGGAGGCAUCGACGGCAACGGGGCGCAAGUGGGAAGACAACUGGCCGAGAUCUGUGCCAUCUCGGGCUACUCGUUCACCGUGUCCUGCAUUCUACUGCUGAUCCUCAAAUACAUUCCCGGGCUGCAUCUGCGGGUGGACGAGGCAUCGGAGAUGGUGGGGCUCGAUCGAGCGCAGUUCUUUGACGAACAGAUUGGCGACUGGUCCAUGACGCCGGAGCACAGCACCCCAACCCUGUUGGGAGUGUCGACAGAGCCAUCCGAGUCCAAGGAUGAGCAGAUCGGGUCACGGGAGACGAAAGCAGGUGACAUCUAG